ACACGGUACAGCCUACAGGUUAGGAGCGGCGACCUCAUCCCACUCCUCUGUGGAUCAGUGGAUCAGUGGAUCCUUUCGCAUAAUUUCUUGGGUGUAGCUCAGGCGCGUCCAAGUGCCUGAGCACUUGCUCUAGGCGAGCCACACUAGCACUGCAGCAAUGCUGUGUUAUUUCAACCCGUCCCUGCAUGCAGGAGCUCGCUUGUUGAGGUUAGAUCAAUGCCUUCACGGCCUGGAUCGUGCACUGCCAUGUAUCGCGCUAUUGAUAGUACAAAAUUAAUUGAAAAGUUAGUUAUCGUGGCACUUCGUUCGAGGCCAGAACAAUGGCGAGUACGUUGGACAGCAUCCAGCGUGAAAUACCAGUGAGAAGGAAUGACAGGCGGGAGUCGCAUGGCAGAAAUCGCCAUGUCACCCCCGUCGAACGUUACGUGUGCAGGUAGUCGUUAUAGAUUAUUGAUGUCGCUACAACUCUAUCACCAGCCCCUAGCCCUUCGGAGCUGGCCGUCUCCGUGUCGUGUUUCAGCGCAAUGCCUUCACCAUGGCAGAUACGCUCGGGCAACUAACUAUUACCCCGAUCUCUCACUCGCCACAUCCACAGUCUAGACGCUGGCCGCUGUAGAAUAACACUCGAAUUGUCACGGGCCAUGUUUGCGCUGUGAGUUGCACGACCACAGUGGUUAAAGUCACAGUGUCCAGUCCCCCAUCAUAUUUACUGUCUCCGAAUCCGUGAGGCCGACACGAGAAGUUAAAAGUCGUUCGGAUGACGACUUGAGGUAAUGUGUCUCCUUCCGUAGUCCUGUGUACUUAUUCUUGGCCUAUUCAGUGAGGUCGUUCAUAACUCGGGGAGGCGUUGAGUCUACGCUUGAUAGUUAGUCACUCGGCUGCUGGAUGGAUGAGAUCGAAGUGGAGCGAACCUUGAGAAGCAUAACCCUUUAGACUGACCGCCAACACCCACAGCAGUUUACAAGCAUCACAAUACAACCGGCUCAAUAUACAACUCCAAUCUCAAAAUGGAUACUGCGACGACUGCUCAACUCUCGACCGGCGAUCGCUCUGCCACCACGAGUAUAGUACGAACGCAUCCCAUUGCCGGUGGCCAGUCCGGGAUAGUGACCAGCGGGCCAGCGAAUAUGGGAACAUCCGGUGGAGGCGCUGGCAACCUCCUGCAGAACUUUGCGAUCGGCAUCGCCAUCGGUAUCGUCGUCAUGCUGCUUGGAUUGGUCUCAUUCUUUGCGUGGAGGCGAUGGAAGAAGAAACAGAAGGAAAAGGCACACUUAUCGCAGCCGGCAUUUCAGGCGUCCCCUUCAUCCAGCCCGCUAACUCGAGUUCGCUCCUUCCUGCACCGAGCAUCCACCAAGACGACAACGACCACUGCCCACUCAUCUCCGACGCCUCUUCACCGUAUUCGCUCCAUGCUAAGUCGCGGAUCAACAGACUCUGGCCGAACUGAUCUCACCAACCCUAGCCUCCAGGCCAGCCUAUCCAGCGCGGCCCUCCAGAGCGCCAUCGCAACCGCCGGCAACCACGCUAGUGUCGUCGUGGAUACCAACGUCGAGAGCAACAACGCCGCCGUCGCCGUAGCAACCACCGCCGCCGGUGGUGGUGGUGGCGGUGUGUGUGGCGUGACCGAUGGCAUUGAGGAGGGACUAUACAGCGUGAAGUACACCAGCGAGAGGGUCUACGUCGAUCCGGACCAGUGCCCGGCGAUCGAGAAGCGCCUCUCUAAGUCCGACUCGUGGCUGUUCGACCGCGAGUCAACGCUAUACAUGACAAACAGUGUACAAGCAGCACAGCACGACAUGACGAACAGCAGCAUGAAGUCAGGCUCGUCGCUACCCGAUCUACUCGCAAUACCGGCGGACGCCAACCGAGAGGGACAGUACGCCAAGCUCAGCAGCAAUGUCGGCGUGCAGUCGCCGGCCAAGCAGCGGCAGUCGAUCGUCCGCGCCAAGCGAGCGGCCACCGUCCACAACCGCUCCAGCUUGCCCAGCAGUCGGUUCCUGCAUGCGGCCGCCGUAGCUGCACACCAACCUGGCAGCGGUGCGGCUAAAACGGGUGAUGCCGGGGCCGAGAACGGCGGCUAUGCCAAAGCAGUCAGCUCCAACAAAUCACCGUACCAGGCACUUCUCAAGGUACAGAAGUCCAGCCCGGUUUUGCUAGUGUCACCGAGUAAGUCUGCCACCAGUGCUACCACCGCCAACACCUCCGCAAUGCAUACUUCGGUGCUCAGCAAUGACGGCUACGAAGUGCAAUCACCAUCGUCAUCAUUAACGCAGGCAACAACGUCCACUUCACCCGGCAACUCUGGCCGUCUCACAUACCUUUCUUUCACAGAGGGUGCUCCGCUGAAGAGCACUGGCUCUGUGUCCAGCCCCGAUAGCAACAAACAGGACAACACGCCUGCUGAUACUGGUGUGUCUGAGCUGCUCAAACAGCUCUCAAUCACCACUGUCAGUGAAGAAGAGCCCAGCGUCGAAAGCAGUGCGGCGGGACCUCGGCAAGGUCUCACGUCCGUACCAAGAUACAAAGUCCCGCGGGGAAUCCCCUUACCAGCAUCGGUGAAACAAGCUGCAAAUAACACAGCUGCUCCAGUACCACCGCCAAGACGAGACUCGGUACUGCGAUCUCGGGCACUGCAGGAGCGGCGCCGUAUGAACUCCAUCGACUGUAUGCAGUCCAACAAGACUGUGCAAAGUGCUGGUAUGACGGAGAACCACCGCAACAGCAUGAGCUGUCCUGACAUACUGGCUGCAACAGCAUCCGACGCUGAUGACAACUGUCGCUUGCAGCCCGCCAGAACACAGACCACAUCGCAAACAACGUCCGCCCCGGAUAGCGGUGUAGAUGCAGGCAAGACCCCGCCUGGCCAGGACAGAUUCAUAGACCCCAUCCGGGAGUACCGGCAGCAAAUGCCGGUGAUAGGCCCUCUGCCAAGUGAUGAUUACUGGACAGGUCCAGCAGCCGGCGGAGGCAGUACAACAUCAAGCCUUUCAAGUCACUCCUCACCUCUGAAAGCAACAUCAGGCAUUGGCGUACACCAAACGGAAUCUACGACACUGCCGCCAGGAGUGCGUCCAUCGCUGCCGCCGAAACCGGACAAGAACACCAUUGCAGCGGCGCGAAGGAGAGCAGGUACCGUGGCCAGUAGCCAUCUCGCCGUAGCCAAGCCGGCAUCAUGGCGCCAUCUGCCACUUUCCUCGACGUCAUCCGACGAUGCCGACCUCAACGCCGAGCCUAGGCCGACCGUCAAGCUACCUGUUUCAAAUCGCCUCCUCUCCGAGACCAGCCGCGAAUACUGGAUUCUGGAGGGACGCAACGGUGGCGCGUCAUCGUGCGAAGAUGAGUCCUCCUUUGGAAGUCCGCCCUGAGACGUUCUGAUGAACCCUUCUUGCCUUGACAAGCUGAAUUGAGAUGCCCGAACACUAGCUCCUUGUGCUGCAUAGAAACUUGUACGAUUUAAUAGUAAUAAAUAAUAAAAGUCGCUACCACUAUUUUACUUAAAAAAAGUAAAUUAAUAUACUAGUACUAGUAGUCCAAAAACUGAUCCAAUGUUACCAUGGUUACUGGAUAUAGGGUGCUACAGAAGUACAUUGUUAUGAGAACACGUGUAAAGUUUAGUAACUUCACUUUGACUCAUUAUUAGCUUUAAAGAGCCAUUAAUCAUUCGUGGACGUUUGCGUGAAAACUCGGAGACUGAGGUAGUUUGGUUAUUAUGUUCCGAGUUGUUCUCUACUUUUGCGGCUUUUCCGCCUGAGCUUGCUAGUGGAUAACUCACACUUCCAGUAAACAAUCCGUUGGAAUACUAUCUUCUUGCAUGGUUUGCCUUGAUGCACACAGGACUCUUAUAAUUUUUGUGCUGAUAGUUUUAUGAUACUACUAUGGAGAGGACAACGAGUAUAAAUUAUUGUAUGCUGGAAUAAUACAAUGUAAUACAUGCCUUUUUAAACUUGUUCUUGCAUACAUGUAUUACCACUGUCUAAAACUUGACCGAUCAGAUUGAUUUAGGCUUGAUGAUGAUACUUUCUUUUUAACUAAAAUGAUUACGAUAUUGUAA